AUGACUGAACCAGCUCCAUCAUACUCUAGAAUUCAAGUAUUGAAGGAUAUAUAUUAUGGUUUUAGACCAAAUAAGCCAAAGUUUCUUCCUACCGACUAUCCUGAUUUGACUGGUAAGACUGCUAUUGUCACCGGUUCUAAUACUGGUAUUGGUUUACAUGUUAUGCGUUUAUUAUAUGAAAAGAACUGUAAUGUGAUCUCUGUGGUCAGAACUCAAUCCAAGGGUGAAGCUGCUAAAGAACAAAUUUUAAAGGAAAUUCCUACUUCUAAGGGUUCUAUCACUGUUGUCAGUGGUUGUGAUUUCUUAGAUUUAGCCAACAUCAAAGCAGUUGGAUUGAAGAUAAAGGAAGUUUUGAAAGGUAAGCCAAUUAGUAUAAUCAUCCACAAUGCUGGUUUAAUGGCUAGUAACAAUUUAGGUACUUCUAAACAAGGUUAUGAAGCUAUGUUCCAGACUAAUGUAUUGGGUCCACAACUAUUACAAUCCUUCUUAGAUCCAUUAUAUUUGAAGAAAGAUGAUGACUUAAAAAGAAUUGUUUGGGUUUCUUCAGGUGCACAUUUAUUGGGUUUCCCAGAAUAUGGUAUUAACUGGGAAGAUCCAUGCUUCUUAAAAGUUCCAGUUGAACAAAGACCAUCUGCUAACACUCUAUAUGGUCAAUCCAAGGCUGGUAAUAUUAUGCAGGCUAAGGCUUGGGCUACUGUCAAUAAGAAGAUUGUCGAAGAAAUCGGCUGUGUUUCUACUUCUGUAUAUCCAGGGAAUUUGAAUACUGACUUACAAAGAGAUUGGAACUGGCUUCUGAGAAAAGCUAGUACUUAUGUAUUUUGGGAUGGUAUCUACGGUGCGUACUCCGAAUUAUACUCUGCAUUGUCUCCAGAAUUGACUAUCAAAGAUCAAGGCGCCUAUGUUGUGCCAUUUGGUGAAAUUCAACCACCAAGAGCUGAUUUGGUUGCUGGUUUGAAAAACGGUACUGAUCUUAAAUUUUGGGAAAUGGUUGAAGAAAUGAUUGCCAAAUUCAAAUAA